AUGGGCAGAGCAUGGAGGCGCCCCUUCGUUCGCCGGCGAGCUUGGGUGGCGCUGUCGCUGGUGUGCUGCAUUCACUCAGUCUUCUGGUCCAGCUGCUUUGCUGGCUUUUCAUCGCAGCCCCAAAGAGCCUCCAAGGGUGUGGCCAUCCUGGUGGGUGUCGGCAUCAUUGUGAUUUGGGAGGCCUUCUGCACCUGCUUUGCGGCAGAGCGGCCGACUAUCAUGGCCGAGCUCGUGAGAUUCUUCCUGUGCCGGCGCCACAAGGACCCGGAGGUUGACAAGCGGGAGUCCGUGUCUUCCGUCUUGCACCACCAGAUGGACGAGUACAGCAUGUUCCGACCGAAGAAUCACUUCUUGUCAGAGCGCGACCUCGAUCGAGAUCGACAACAGGAGGGGGAGGAGGGGGAGGAGGGUGCCUCUCCUUGGGAAGUGGAGGAAUUGUCCGCAGGUCCACGGGGCUUCAUGCCCAGCCCGGAUGGCUGCGUGAUCUUCUUCGCGCAGCACACCCUGACGGUCGAGGCCAGCGCCCGAGUCGCCCAUGUGGUUCUUCUACGCGUGGGAAAUCUCUCCGCGGCAGUCUCAGCGGAACUGGCGACAGUGGACGGGACCGCCCUGGCGGGCAACAGCUACACGGCAACCAAGCAAAAGGUGACUUUCCCGGCGGGCGCCUGGAGCACAAGCUUCGAUGUGGAGAUCCUGGAGAGUCCAUGCAACCUACGUGGCUUCUUCGUGGUUCAUGUGGAGGCCCUCCCUGCGGAGAAUGCCACCAUGGGCAGCUCAUCUUUCUGCAGAGUCCGGCUGCUUCCAGAAGGACUUUGGCCCCCUGGAGCGCCCGAUGAAGUGCGUAACCCCAUCGGCUCGCAGGACAAAGGAAGAAGAUGGCUUCGUCUGAAGUUGGUAUGGGCCUUUGCCAUGUACCUCUUGAUGAGAAGGGGUGCGAAGCUGUGGUACGUCCUUGCGUCCAUCCUGUGGCUCGACUUUCACAAAGUAGUGCUCAACACCCUUCUCUUGGACUAUGCCUUGUACGACUUCUGCCUAACAAAGACAGGGUUUGCGGAAGCCUGCCAACGCCUGCCUCUGAUCGUCUUCUCAAAGCUGAUUUUGAUUUGCAUUGACCGCUUUGCGAGCCAUGUGCAAUACACUGAGACUGGAAGCCUUUCCUCAACAUGCUUCUUGCAAGAGAUGCUCAUACAUCAGUAUCUUCAAUCUACCGAUGACACCAUUGAAAUGGGCAAGUUCUUGCACAUGCUGUCUGAUACUGUACCGGACAGCGUCACGUACGGGUACAAGCCGUUUUUUGAGCUGGCACAUUGCUUUAACACAAUCGUGCUGUCCAUUCUUAUGGCCCUCUUCCUCCCAAUGUUGAAAGGGGAAGCCCCUUCCUUGGAAACGAUCCAGCCGUUGAUUUGGAUUCUGGUCCCAUUGCAUGGGACUGUCUUGGUGGGAUUGUGGAUGAGGCGCCAAUCCUUCAAUUACCUUGCAGUCCGGGCACGGGAAGCGGAUAUUGAGAAGAACGGAGCCAUGUUAGACCUCCUCCAUUGCAGAGACUUGCUGCGGUCCUAUGACGCCGCCUAUCCUGUGCAACAUGUGAGACGCGCGUUUGAUGACGCAUGCUCCAAUGCCUGCCUGCAUCUGGGCAAUUUUCUGGUUUACAAAGGCGACACGCAAGUGGUUGCAAGAUACUUUGGCGAGCUCACAAAGGUCUUUGGAAUUCUCUUUGGCGGCUACGCCGCCAUCGACUGCCUGCAUUCUGGAAAAGGGGAGAUGACCCUGGGACGGUUCACAGUUUUCUUGAGCUUGUACAGCAUCAUCAUCGAUGUGAUGUACAUGCUUAUCGAAGCAUGGGAUGGGCUUGUCUACGCAGGAAUGCUUGUGGAAGAGUUGUGCCAGUUGGCAAAUGCUCCCAAGGGAUGGUCGAGGUCUUUGCAAUCUUUCCCUCUGGACGAGCAUCCGCUCAUUUCAGGGACAUUUGUCAUGAAGCUCUCUUCUUCUGACUUCUAUUUGGUAGCAGCUGAGUCCGGAGCAGGACCCACUCUCGAGGUGCCGUUGGGACACUGCUACGGCAUUCGAACUUACAGUGAUGCAAGCUCAUUGCGACGACGUGCCUGUGAAGUUUUGGGGGGACUUCGUGCGUCAAGUGCCCGGAACAACUUGGGCUGUGCGAAGGUUCUACUUCUCAAGCCUACAGUGGGCCUCGCCACGGGCACUGUGAUGGAGAAUCUGCUCUCGAACGCCGCUGCAUGGGUCCGAGCCAGUGAUGUGGUUGCCUUGGUGGCAGUGCUGGGGAUUCCCAUUCCGGCGCCUGGCGGGGUGAAGCUGUCGCCAUCUUACAAACAUGGCGCCAACCCUUUGGAGCUCCUGAAGUCUCUGAACAGUGCCCUGGACAACACUACUUCAAGCUCCAAGCGCCUUCGUCGCUUCGAGGAGCACUGCGAGCGCUUCGCAGAGAGAUGUUUCGCCUCGAACCUCACGAUUUUGUCCUCCAACUCCGUGGCCGAGGAGAUGCUGCAACCGGCAGAGAAGGCUUUGUUCGACAUCGCCAGGGGCUUGCUGGCCGACCCGGAGAUCCUCAUCGCGCACGACAUCCUCAACAUGAUGCCACGUCCAUUGGCCCAGAACGCAUUGCAAGUCAUGGUGCUUUGGCAGCGUCUUGGCGGUUUCAAGGGCAUGGUGCUCGCCUUCGAGGAGGCCUUCUCCACGCCAGAAGGUUACCCAAGCUGGCUGGGAGCCGCUGGCGGCGUCAGCCGAAGUCUCUUCUUCUCUGAGUCCACGAUUGUCUGCGCGGGCUUGAAGAUGACAAGCCUCGUGGACAAUUGGUUGCUGAUACAACCCUCAGGAGCUCUGGAACUCUGCAGCUCCGAGGACUUGAGUGCUGAUGAGCAGUCGCCCACACUUAGCCUUGCUCGCCAUCCGGGCAAUGAGACUUAG